GUUAGUUUCUCCAUAGUUGGCUGUCUCUCUCCGGGGUCACCAUGCCCCCUCUCUCACGCUCUGUCCCUGGAUCUCCCUCCCGCUCCCUCUCACAGUAACCCGGUGCCCUCACUGCCCGCCCGGCCAGCCCAGCCAGCCAGCCCGCCAGUCAGCCCUCUCCCCGGGCCCCGCAGGCCGCGGCCCCAUUGCGCAUGAGCGAGAUCGUGGAGAGCCCGUGAGAGCGGAGAGCGCCACUCACACUCACCGGGAGGCCGAGCACCAACAUGGUGAGUGAGUGAGUGAGAGCAGCCCGGGGCCUCACACCUGCUGUCUGGGUACAGGGCCAGCCGGGCACCGACUCUCCAGGCAGCCGGGGCUGUCAGGAAACAGGACGCCGGGCGCCACUGCUCCAAGCCGGGUAGUCGUUCUACUCCAGCUCGGGGUCUUAAGGCCUAGUUAGUGGGUGUAUUCGCCUGUGUCUGUAGAACAUGUAUAAUGAGCCCUGGGAGACAUCUGAAUAAAUACAAUGAAAGAGCAAAGCUGUGAGAGCCAGGCUAAUGAUAGAAGAGGCUAUGUGUGUGUGUAUAUAUCAUUACACUGUGAUUUAUUGUGGCUAUUCAUGUAUUUCAAGGUGUGCACAGUGACAGCUAAACUCACUAUUCACACCAAGCAUUGCCUGGCAUCUCAUACUGUGAUAUAAACACCGUGAGAGAGAUGCAGAUGGUCAGAUUCUGAGAGUGGAAUCCCACAUAAACUGUUAGUACUCUAUACAUAAUAUGAAGUAUUUCAUUGGUCCUGGGUAGUAAGGAAUAUUUGGUGGUUUUCACAAUAAUUGAUCAUUUUAGAUACAUGCUAUGAAUGCAGUUACAUUGACUCUGGUAAAUUAUGUUUUGUUGUAAUUCCGUAUAAACGUGAAAUAUACUUUUAAUUUGUUACUUUGACUAUGGUGACUAAAUUAUUAGUUCGAUUAUUCUGUAAACAAUGAAGUAAAAGUAAAUUUUAUGCCAAAAUAACUGAACUGAAAACAUAGCAGAAUUUUGCUAUUUUGGCCUUAAAUUAUGAAGCCUACUUUUAGAAUUCCUGACAAUUCACAGUUUAGUGAAUAACCCUGCAAAUGAAUUUUAAUAUAAAUUGAUACUUUUAAUAUACCGGUACUUUAUUUUGUGUGUGUGUGCCUUGACUCUGGUAAGUCACAAAUAUUUGGAUAUUUUGUGAUGAAUGGUUUUGUAUUUCACACUUGAAUAGAGGUAAAGCCUGAUUUUAAGAACUUUUUAAAGUUGUUGUUAUUAUUGUUAUUAUUAUUAUUAGUAGUAGUAGUAGUAGUAGUAUUUAUGUAGUGCCAGCUUAUUCCGCAACGCUUUACAAUAAAAUCACUAUACAAACUACAAUAAGGUUGCAUAAAAAUUAGCAAGUACAUUUUAGGUUAUUGUGGAAAUACAAAAUUAUUAUAGAUGUAUUAUAUAUCUUUGGAAGUCCUGGCAGCCUAAGAAUGGUUAUUUUUCUAAAUUCUCAUGCAAUCUACAUAAAUGCACACUCCAUGUCUAUUUUGUUGCAAAUCUUGCUAAAAUUACUCGAUUUGCAAUUUUUUUAUUGUGUCGGUGCUUGGUUCUUACUCAUUUUUAUAUUAAUGUGUACAACUGUUUUACAGGGUUAUUCCCUAAAGUGAGAAUAAAGGUGAAUUUUAAAUGUAAGGUCUCAAUAGCCAAAUUUGGAAAAAAAAAAUCUCUAAUGCUAUGCUUUCAAUUUGUGUACUCUGGCCUUAAACUUGAAAUUCACUUUGAAUUUUCACUUCAGUGAGUAACACUGUAAGUGAUUGUUCCAUGCAAAUACAUGGGAGAUCGGUAUGUUGCUAAGAUGGAUGUAUACAUGUACACAUUUAUUUCCAGUCCUUAGUGUAGAAACUGUGUUUCUUGUAUCUGACCAUAUGUAUGGUUUCAUUCAUAAUUCCACAGAACAAGUUGAAAUCCUCCCAGAAAGAUAAAGUUCGUCAGUUUAUGAUCUUCACCCAAUCCAGUGAAAAGACUGCUGUAAGUUGCCUGUCACAGAAUGAGUGGAAGCUAGAUGUUGCUACAGACAACUUUUUUCAGAACCCGGAACUUUAUAUACGAGAAUGUGUAAAAGGAGCAUUGGACAGAAAGAAAUUAGAGCAACUUUAUAACCGAUAUAAGGGUGAGUACAAUACAAAGCUUGGUGUCUUUUAAGGUCAGUUUGUCAAUUGAUGGGGAUCUGUCACUUUGCAGAAUUUUUAUAUUUUGUGUGUGUGUGUGUAUAUAUAUAAUCUCUCAUACGUCCUCGCGAUCUGCAUGAGGACAUCCAGCAUCAGAUUUUUACCCAUAGGUAAACAAAUCUGUAUUCUUAGCAGUCAAUAAUUUUUUUCUCAAAUGUAUUAGAACCUUUUAUGUAAAGAAAUACAAACAAUUGAGUGAACAUUUAGUGUUUUUUAACUUGUAUCAUUCAGAUGUAUGAAGUAUAAUACAUAUAUACACAUAUGGGUUAAUGUUUGAUGUUUCUAGGGAUUAGAGAGAUUGAAGAUACCUUUUAUUUAAUAUUGUAAAUUUUAAACUGCUUUUAAAGGGACACUAUAGGUAGACCACUUCAGCGUAUUAAAGUGGUCUGGGUGCAGUGUCCCUUUUGCACUUGCACUUAGUGCUGCAAUGUAAAAACAACACUGUUUACAUCUCAACACUGUGGCUGUCUACCAGGCAGCCAGUGGAGGCACUUCCUUGAUCGUAACUGACCUUUGGUCCGGUAUCUGACACUGGAUGUCCUCACGCUCUGCAUGAGGACAUCCAGCAUCAGAUUUUUAGAGGGGAGCUAUAGUGCCAGGAAUAUAGCUUUGUAUUCCUGGCACUAUAGUAUCACUUUAAGUUCCAAUACCACCAUGUUAAAGUUAGCCCAUAUGCUAAAAUGCAGCUUGUUGAGAAGUAUUUGCACAGCAGGUGCUCUAAGCAAUAAUCCACGUCUUGAGUUUAGCUCCACUGAGCUAAAUAACUAGGACGUUAUAGGAUCAGCUGUCUGACAGCCAGGGUUGUAACAAAGUUAAUUUAUCAAAAUGUCAAUUUCUAUUGAAAUCUGCACUUUUGUCAAAUUAAUAUAAGAGGGACACACUCUUUAAACAUAAAGCAAACUAAAGUGCUCUAGAGGUAUGGAGUGUCACUUUAAAGGAGUACUCGAAAAUAUGUUUGUGUUUUUUUGGUUUCUUUAAAUGUGAAAUAUAUUUGAAUUACCACUUUAGUAACCAUUUUAGAUGUUAUCAUCACUCAACUAACUUUAAAAAAAGUGCUGAGUUGUCCUGUGUGAAUUGGGUAUGCUAGAUGUAUUAAGCAAAAAACCAACUUUAUUUUACUUGGUGUUAGGAUAAUUAGCACAUUCUUCUUCUUGUCCAGAACUUUUUUUUUUUUUUUUUACUUUGCAUUAUUCACACUUCGUGUGCUCCUAUGCUGUGAAUUAUGGUGCUCCAAUUUUUAAAUAAGAAAAAUGCUAUUAAGGCUACCUUAAGUCUAGUGCUGGGACAGAUUGACAGCCACAAGCAGCAUGUUAGGUUAAAUAAGUGUGUGUUUUUUUUUUUGUUUUUUGUUUUUGUGUCUCUUCAUACACACACGGUCAUCCUUUGUUGAAAGUUGUAAUAUCAUACUUUUUUCUUAAUUUAAUAUUGGUCUAAAUUCUUUUGCACUCUGCAGACCCUCAAGAUGAAAAUAAAAUUGGAAUAGAUGGAAUUCAGCAGUUUUGUGAUGAUUUGGCUCUCGAUCCUGCCAGUGUCAGUGUGCUAAUAAUUGCAUGGAAAUUCAGAGCAGCCACACAGUGUGAAUUCUCAAAGCAAGAAUUCUUAGACGGAAUGACCGAAUUAGGGUAGGUGGGUGAAUUGGGCAUUUAAACUUGACUUUUAUACUUUUUGUCUUUCUAGGUCUGCCUCUGCUGAUUACUGUAAUUUCCAGUUAUAUUUGAAAUGGUGUAAACAUGUAAUUGUAUUAUUUUGCUGUAACAUGCAGGUUCUGUUUUGAUUUUUGCUUUCUAUGUAUAACUAUCAAAAUCAGUUUUUUACGUGUCUGUUUUACAUUUUGUCUUCCAGCAGCAUGUAUGCAUGUUCUUAGUUUCAUCUGAUGCAUUGAAAAGCAAUGCAAAACAAAAUCUUGUCCAUACACCCUCUUCAGCUGCCAAGACUCCAUUAUGUCUGUCUCUCAUUAAACAGCAUUUGAAUGUGUGUGUAUAUAUACAAUAAAUACAGGGAUUGGUGCAGGAUAAAACAAGUUGGUGCUACUAUCACCUGAUGUGUUCACUCCAAAUACACACAGAAACAUGAUAAAUUGAUAAUAUAAAAACAGUGAGAGCACUCAAUAUAUAAAAUUACCACAGGUUAUCACAUCAGGACACCUGUAAAAAAUAUAAGACAAAAGACCAUAGAGUAGUACAGUAUAUAACCACUUAGAAUAUUUAUCUCUAUAUGGUCCCACUCACAUGGUGCUGAGCCACUUGAAUAGCUGGCUCGGACUUAAAAGCGUUGUAAACUUUUACGCUUUUACGUCUGAGCCAGCUAUUCAAGUGGCUCAGCACCAUGUGAGUGGGACCAUAUAGAGAUAAAUAUUCUAAGUGGUUAUAUACUGUUCUACUCUAUGGUCUUUUUUUUUUUUUUCUUAUACAGGUGUCUUGAUGUGAUAAACAGCCUUUGAAUGGUGUCCCUCCUGAAUUAUGCAACAAACUUUGUAGGUCAAACACCAUGGCUGCAUUCUACCAGCCAAGUUGGGAGGAGCUCUGAAUAUAUUGCAUAAACUGCAGGAACUUUGUAGACUGCAAUAGGUGCCUGCAGUGACCCCCAUAGUACACAUGCUAAUUAUGUACUACAAAGCCAUUGAUUAUUUUGAAUCAUUCUUAAAGGGCUCCAUUACCACUUCAGGGUGGACUGACAACCUCAGAAAGGGUUACUCUACCGAAAACCAUUGUUUUAUGAAAACACUUGAUUUUGGUUGCAGAAACCCUUUACAUUUCUGAAACGUCUACAAAUAAUCUUUUAACAGAUACCGCAUAUUUCCCUAUCAUGUUCAAUCCAAGCAAGGUUAGUAGAACCUUUAAUCAGUUGGUCUAAAAAAAUCCCAGGCUGAUAUCGUUUCUAUUUGGAAGACGUGUGUGCAAAUUCUGAUAGCUAUUCAUUAUGUUUCAUUAGUGCAACUUUUUAUGGCCACAAUACAGGCUCCCCUGUUAAAAGCCAAGAGAUGGAGACGCAGGCUUGUAAAAUAUGUGGCUGCCUUGUAUAUUAAGUAAUAUAACCUAGGUCAGAGUAAUUUAGUUUAAUGUAAAAUGAUUUGCAGGUGAGUACGUGUUUGGGGCUGUGGUUUUAAAAUUUGCAUGUGUCACAGAUGUUUUUUGUUAAACAUAAAAUAAUUAUUUUACUAUCACAGUCACACAAUUUUUCCAUAAGUAUUUGCAUUACUUUACAAACCAAUUACUCAUUUUACAAACACCACCUAUGUCUUAAAUUGAGAGAGAGAGAGAGAGAGAGAGAGAGAGAGAGAGAGAGAGAGAGAGAGAGUGUGUGUGUGUGUGUGUGUGUCUGUCUGUCUGUCUGUGUGUCUCCCCCCCCCCUAAAGAAAACAAAUACAAACCUACUAAAGGGUGUUUUAUUUUUUAAUUUAUAUUUUUUUUUAUUUUUUAUUUAUCAUCCAUUCAUAUGAUUCUAGUUCAAGGAAACCACUUUAAAUAAUGGCAUCUUAUUGUGUUUUGGAAUAUGGCUAGCUUGCCACGUUUAGGUUGCAAUGUAAAGAUACAUUAUUUUCCUUUCUCCUGCAGAUGUGACAGCAUAGAGAAGUUAAAAGCACAGCUACCAAAAAUGGAGCAAGAAUUAAAAGAGCCUGGGAGAUUUAAGGAUUUUUAUCAGUUUACAUUCAACUUUGCAAAGAACCCAGGGCAGAAAGGUCUAGGUAUGUUUAGAUUUCUCUGUGAAAUGUUCAGAUAGUGUGCGUUCAUAUCAUAGUGCCUUCAGACAUUUGUUUUCAAGAAGCCCAAGCAAUGAAUAAUGUGCUGAAAUGUUUUUCACAUUGUAUGUUUAGUUUGUUAUUGUUUAUCUAUUGAUAGGCCUACCCUCCUCUUUUUGUUUUGGUAAGCAUAGGAGGUCCUGUGCCAAAGUAGGUGGCACUAUCAAAAAGUGUCAUGUGCAGAGAGAGUACAGUCACACAGAUUUCGUCAUACUGCAGACUUUUUAUUGGAAAAAGCACAACUCCAUCAACUUGUUACUUGAGAAAGACCAUCUUUAUCGCUGAAACGUUGUGUUGUGCUUGUUCCAUUAAAAAAUCUGCAGUAUGAUGGAAUUUAGCAUCAAUAUAUAUGUGUUAACAGCCUUAUUGGUUAUGUGCAGUCCCUAUUGGAAACAAUAAAAAAGUGUGGGUUUCCAUAGAGUGGCUAUGAAACCCUUUUUGUGGGGAAAAAAAGGUUUGUCAUUAUUUAAAUGUGUUUUCUUUGUUUUUUUGUGAGUAAAAUUUGUGUUAUGCUUUCUUCAGUUAUGCAGAUAAAGCCAAAGGCAUAAUUUAAAUUUAUACUCCGGGCCCCUAAAGCACUAGCUUACUGAGGUGCUCUGUGUGUGGAGUGCGUACUCUUCCCUUUUUUUUUUUUUUUUUUUUAGAAAAAGUGCAAGUUUUAAAAGAAAUUGGCACUUUUUUUUUUUUCAUUAAUAAUUAACCUUGUUGCACCCCCUGGGUCAAUCAGACAACAGCUCAUGUUACUUUCUGGUUUGUUUAGCUUAAUGGAGCUAAACUCAAAAGGGUUGCAAUUACUUAGAGCACCUGUCUUACAAAGACUUCUGAUUGCGCUGUAUUGGGAAGUCCCUGAUUGGACAGCCACAGAAAGUCUGGGCUGGGGAAGAAGGGGAGAGCUUGUAAAUGCAGCUUUUGCAAACUGUUUUAGCUAUCCUCCCACUUUAAAAAAAAAAAAAUGCAUAAUGAAAUUCAUGCAUGUUUUCAUUGGGAUACAUAUACUAAAUAGUGAUUUAAUUUGUUUGUUUUUCUAUUUAGGCAGUUGAGUGUUCCUUUAAGCACCCCCUAAGAUGGAAGACUUUCCAGGGAAUAAUUAACCUUUUAUCUGCCUUUAUAAUUAGUUGGUUAAUUAAGGAGUUAACACCAGAAAUUGCAAAUACUCAUUUGCCUACGUGUUGUCAAUAAAUAUAUUAUUGAAUACGUCCGGAUAGAAGUUCCUCAUUCAGUUCAUCUAUUACAUCAAACUGUGAUGCAACUGGGUCUUACAAGUAUCCAGGUUGAUCAUUGUUAUGUAGAUGUUAGAGAAUAUCAUAACCUGUACUAAGCAACUAUGCACACUCAAGUAGGUGCUGUUCUUUUAUAGGAAGAAAAAAAAAAAUAUUCUAUGAAUAGCUUUUAUUUUUUAUAUAUAUGUGUGUGUGUGUGUGUGUGUGUAUAUAUAUAUAUAUAUAUAUAUAUAUAUAUAAAAUUUUAUUUAUUACAAAGAAUGUCUUCAUCUUGCUUUUAAAGGAACACUCUAAGUACCACAAUCACUGCAGCCCUCUGUACUUCUUAUGGUGCCAGGGGGUGCUCUAAAACUAUCUUGGUGGAAUUCGUCAAUCCGUUUUAAUAAGGUUUGAUCAUUUACCUGGUUUCCAAGUGCUCGCUUAUAUCUGUUCUUCACCAAAAGAGAAGCCAGAUGCCUCACUUUAGCUAAGCCCAGUCAAUAAAGAACUGUUCUCAUUGGCUGAGAAUGUUCAGCUGAUACUCUCAGCCAAUAAUCGUAGUCUUGCAUAGCCCCAUUUGGCUCCCUUGAAGACAGUAGAAGUGGCUUUCAGGCAGAAACCAGGUAAGUUGUCAAACCAUACUAAAGUGGCGUAACAAAUUUCACUGGGAUAGCACUAGGGCACUAAUGACAGAGGGCUGUAGUGGUUAUGUUCAUUGGAGUGUUCUUUAAAAUAGUUACUGGUUCAUGAUUGAUAUAUAAAGGUAAUCUUGUUUUUACUGCAGGAAGUUACCAAUGUUAAGUCUACUUUUAAGUUUUACCCCCCCCCUCCAAGCAUAAUAACUACUACAGCUGCUUGCAGUGGUCAUGGUGCAAGGAGUACCCUGCUGCCUCCAACAUUGUAAGGAGCCAAAGCAUUUUUGACUUCUUACUUGGGGUCUGCCUGGUGGCACUCCACCGCCUCCACUACUAAUGCAGAAGAGCUACAAGCUCGUUGACAGGAACUUCUGUUGAUUUGAAGUACUCAUGGUGCCUCCAUUCUGAAUGUGCAGCUUUUCUCUUUAAAACUUUGCACAUACAGAGUUUAACCACUUUGCUGCCAGAUGUGUAAGUUCACCUCUGGAAGCAUAAUAGGGGCAUCAUUAGACAACCUGGAACAAGACUUGCAGGCUGGCUAGUGUCAAUUCAAUUACAUCCAUUGCCUGAGAGCAAUUCCCUGACGAUUUCAGCCAAUGAAUGACCGCCGGAAUGACUGUUGUGCAGAAGCGGGUUGUUGUCACUGGCCAUUGGAGGACUCUCUGUGCCUGGUGUUAACCCAGGUAAGAGGGCAAACCGUGAACUAUUAAAAAACAAUAAUAAUAAGUGUACAGGCACUUCCAACCAACAGAUAAAAUCUAUAGUGUGAACAGUGCUUCCCCAGCACUGUAAAAUAUGUAACAAAUGUUGAUUUUAGUUUUUAUUUGAAACUGUGGACUAUAGUGGUUAUGAUCCUUUUAACUUUCCUGUACUGAGCCCUGCAGCAAUGCUUAGGAACAUCUGGCUCUCGGGAAGUAGUAAUUGAGGUGGGGAUUGGCGCCAAAUGGACCACAGUUAAGAAGCCAAACUGUUCAAAAUUGAUUUUAACCCUUUAUAUUUUGGGGACGCCAAGGCAUCAUUGGCACCAAAACCACUGUAGUGGUUGUGGUGCUUGGGGGGACCUUUUGAAAAAAGUGACAUAUUUUAGUAAGCACUUCUUUGCGUAAAGACUGUUCAGUAGGUUAGUAUUUGUGUAAUUAUUUUUGUUUGUGUUUAUGUAUACAUUCACAUACAGUGGAGCUCAUAUACAUAGUGAUUUUGGAGCAAACAUAAUGAAAGCCACUGAAAUUGGUUUCCAUAAUUGUUGUCCGUCUUAGAACUUGUGUUUUCUGCCAUCUGAUACUUGCUUUAAUGUUUCUGGGAUGAUUAUCAAUUAUUUUUUUAUCAUCAUUACCAGGUCAAUUACAUAUGUUUGGAAAAUCAAUUUAUAAUAAUUUUGUGAAAUGUCACUUUGCAGAUUUAGAAAUGGCCAUUGCCUACUGGAAUUUAGUUCUAAAUGGACGGUUUAAAUUCCUAGAUUUGUGGAACAAGUUUUUGUUGGUAAGUUUUCUGUUAGGAGUUCAAAUGUGUAUUUGUUAAGAGUUUAACAUGUGUAUUUGUGUAAAAUAAAUAUUUUUACUUUAUCAAGAAACUUACAGUACAUGUGUAUGGUAAUGAGCAUGUUCUAGUGAAACUAUAUUUAUAUACUUUAUAGAUUCAGGGUUAUUGAGUUCUGAAGGAUAACUCUAGAAUAUGAAACUUCUCUUCCUCACUAGGAGCAUCAUAAACGAUCAAUACCUAAGGAUACGUGGAAUCUCCUUUUAGACUUCAGUACGAUGAUAGCUGAUGAUAUGUCAAACUACGAUGAAGAAGGUAUAUCUUUCUCCUUGUAUUUAAAAUAACAAGUGCUAAAGUGACAUCCUCUGUGAAAAAGAAACAGAAAAACCAACAACCCCAAUGGGGUGAGAUAUGUUAUUCUGGCAAGUUUUAGGAGCCUAUAUUAGAACUUGAACAAUAAAUGGUGCAAUAAAUGAAGAGUAAUGAAGUCUACUUUAGAAGAUAUAUUGGAGUUUUGUGCUCAUUUCCAUAUCUGGUAAAGCAGUGUGGGAAUAGAAGUUUGAACAUUGUAAGCAAUUUUGCUAGUAGCUUUGCUUGCUAAGUACUACAGUGUAACGUAUUUGCUAUACACUGUAUUAGGCUUUCGUAAAAGGACUUACCAUCUGAUACUUUACUGGGGGGAAGUAAAGAAUAAACAUCGAGGGUAUUUUAUAUAUAAAAAAAAAAAAACAACAUUCUCGGACUCAAUAUGGAAGCUACAGGCUCUUGAUAUUCUGAAAAUGUUAGUUUACAAUAGAUUGCCAGUUAACUUAAUUUGCUAAACACUUUGGGAAUGUUGCCUACAACUGGUAUGAUGAGCCUCACCUAAUUCAUGCUUCAGAGCCAUAUACAUAUCGAAAACCUGGUUUACCUUGCCAUUGGUGGAAUUUUUAAGAACUCCGCACCCAAUUGGGAAACAAUUUGGUGAAUAGUCCAUAGAUGAUUAAUAUGCAUGUUUCCUUCCUUUUGUAACUAAAGUUUGUGAUGUGUUUUUUUUUCUUUUCUUUGUUUCUUUCUUCGUAGGAGCAUGGCCUGUUCUUAUUGAUGACUUUGUUGAAUUUGCACGUCCUCAAAUUGCAGGAACAAAAAGUACAACAGUGUAGCACUAAGGAACCUUCUAGAAUGUACAUAGUCUGUACAAAUUAAUGCAAUGGAAAAUUGCACAGUCAAUUUCUUCUGGCUGGACUAUACUGAAGAUAAGCCCUCACAGCAAGUCCAGAGGGUUGAAACAGACAAUUGGCAACAUCUUAAGACCAUAUCGUAUUCCAUUCUUUUUGUGGUUUGGGCCUCUGCUAUCCUGGAGCGCAAUUUGCCACUUCAUAUUUUCUAAUUAUGGAUUUCAUUUCAUAUCUGUGGACCAUCCUAGCCUCAUACUCCCAUGAAUGAAAAAUGAUCUGACGUUUUCAUAUAAAUCAAGAUGCCUCCUCCAUCUGCUAAUUACAUCACAGCCUUGAUGAAACUAUUUCCACCUAAUUUUUUUUUAUUUUUUAUGUAGUUUCAAAGAAGGCUGCUGGUUGCACCUUUUUUUUUGUUUGUUUUUUUCUUUCCCUGACUUUGGAGGGAAAAGUGGGUUUGUAUCAUUUUUCCUUUUGGAUAUAAUUUUACAUUGCUAAACUUCCUUGUGAGUACCAAAGGAAAUGGGGUUUUUUGGAAGGGGAAAUGGCUUGAUUUACAGCAGACAAAAAAAAAAAAACCUAAUUGAUUUUAUUAACAUUCGUUCUAAACAUUAGAGCAUUCAACCAUGACAGUUCACUGUGGUAUAAAGGAACAAAGUAACACAGUUUUCUUGCCAUAAGACAGAUACACUUCCAAACCAUGCCUGUUUUACAGUGUAUGAUGGUAUUCUGAGGUCAUUAUACCAUGCAGCUUGUUUGAAUAUAGGUAUGUGGGAUGAAGGUAUUUAUUACAAAGUUCCUUUAAAAUCAUACUCUUUCACUUUCAGUAUGUUUAAACUUGGUUGCCACUUUUGUCAUUAAUAUUGAGAUAAAAAAAAAAAAUGAACGCUUAUGAGUGUCUGUUUAAAAAAAACAAACAACAAAGACUUUCUGCCAACAUUCUACCCCAAGCCCCUCUGCUUUCUCCUCUUUGCUAUUCAGAUUAUCUGUUAAAUACUGCUGGAGCUGUUGUUGGACAAGUCCUGCAGGAAAUGGGUACAUAAUACGGAUUUACUAUACAGAUCUGUCUGCUCAGUAGGAGUGUGAGAUGGGCAUUUACAAAGUAAAUGAUAAUGCGACUCCGUUUUAUGGUGACAAUGCUUAGAAUAGUAGUAAGGGCCACAUGUUUGUUAUUUGGCACUGACAUUUUAAGAAGAUUGAAGAACAAUUGAAAUGCUUGCAAAAGACAUCUUGUCCGAGGAUGCUGCUGAUUCCUUUUGAAGUUAGCACCCAGUGUACCAUUAUACUGCUGGGUCUGUAAGAAAAUAACCAGAGUACUGCAUUUUCUUGUGACAUGUGAUAUAAGAACAUUUAAUUUAUCUAAAACCUUUUGUUUUGUUGUCCUUUUUCUAACCGCUGCAUUGUAUCUUCUUAUUUUCUUAAUCUUUCUUUAGGAUAAAUGAUUUAUUUACAUAACCUAAUGUUACUGAACAAGUAACAAGUGCACAAUUAAAAUCUGGUUAAAUCCUUACUGAAAAGUCUUUUCUCACCCCAAAAAUAUAUUUAAUAGACGUGGGCAUAACAUUUUGUCCUGCUGAUAUGCACAACCAUGUAGAAAUUAGGGUCUUGUUUAUUUCCUAAAACAGGGACACUCCAGGCACUAAAACAAUGUGAUCUAAUAGGAGGCCCUCAAAGGCACUCUUACUUUAAAG